AUGGGUCGGUCAAAGCCGGAGGUCAUACAGCAACAGCACAGAGACGCCGCCACCAGGCUCGAUGUCAUAGUCAUCGGCGCUGGUCUCGGCGGCCUCGGAGCCGCCAUCUCCAUUGCCCUCACGGGGCACAACGUCCACAUCCUUGAAGCCGCGUCAGAGAUAGGAGAGAUUGGUGCCGGGAUCCAAGUCCUGCCCAAUUCAUCACGUGUGCUCUUCUCAUGGGGUAUGGAGGAGCAACUCACCCGACAUGCUACUCGGCCCAGGCAAUGCAACUACCUCCACUGGAAGGGCGCAAAGCUUGCGCAUAUGGAUUUCCAUGAGUAUGCGGAAGAGCUGGGGACGCCAUUUUGGGAUUUUCAUCGCGCGAAUUUGCAUCUUGAGCUUUUGAACCGCGCGACGGAGCUGGGUGCGACGAUGGAGACGAACUCUAAGGUUGCGAACAUCGAGUAUGAGUAUCCGGAAGAAGGGCGUACUAUCGCGGUUGCGGUGUUGGAGGAUGGGAGCAAGAGGAAGGCGGAUCUCAUAGUCGGCGCAGACGGCAUCAACAGUAGAUGCAGAGAGAUUUUGCUGGGUCGUACAGAUCCUCCCGUUCUGACGGGCGAUCUUGCGUAUCGGUUGCUGCUGAAUACCGAGGAUAUGAUGAAGGACCCUGAAUUAAAGUCGUUCAUCGAGAACCCCCAGGUCAACUACUGGAUGGGUCCUGAUGCACACGCUGUCAACUACGUCCUCCGCGGCGGCAAGCUCUUCAACAUGGUUCUGCUCGUCCCCGACGAUAUGCCAGCUGGUGCCAACACAGUCGCCGGCAACGUCGAGGAGAUGUGCGCUCUCUACAAAGACUGGGACCCGCGAAUCCCGAAGUUGCUCGCCCUCUGCGAGUCAGUCUUCAAGUGGCGCCUUUGCAUCCGGCCAAACCUCAAUCCGACCUGGUCCCACGAAAGCGGUGCUUUUACCAUCCUGGGUGACGCUGCGCACGCGACGCUGCCCUACCUUGCGUCCGGCGCCGGGAUGUCUCUCGAGGAUGGCCACGUCCUAGGUCUCUGCCUCGGUCGUCUUUCAGGGAAGUCCGAUGCUGAGAAGAAGAAGGCGCUCAAAGUGUACGAGCGGUGUCGACGCGAGCGCACCGAGAAGGUUGUGGCGCGCGGAAACUUGCAGCAGCACCUAUACCACGUACACGACGGUCCCGAGCAGCAGGAGCGUGACCGCCUUCUGAAGGAGUUUUCCGUGUUCGAUGGCAGAGGAAAGCCAGCAAGCGAUCAGGAGCUGCAGGAAAAGGGCUUGAAGGACAAUUCGGAUCCGUUCCCAUGGCGAUGGCAUGGCGUGGGGAAGUGGCUACUCACGUAUCAGUGUGAGCCGGACGUUGAGUUGCGGUGGGCUGAGGUGGAGAAUGAGGCUGCGAGUGUGGGGUCGAGAAGAAGGGCAAGUGCAGAGGUAAGGGCGCAGUUGUAG